AAGAAUUGCCUUGACUCUUCCCUUCAAACUCGCAAGAACCCUUCAUUGUCCCUCUCUCCAUCACUCCUCAGCUGUAAUCCUUCCCUUUCUUCAGUUUUUUUUUUUUUUUGUCCUUUCUUCUGCUAAUCCUGGACUAUCUUUUCUUAAUGGAAUCUAAAUUGACUUAAAUCCAAAAGAAAGAUAAAAGUCCGAAUUUGACCGGCAGCAUCCCGUUCCCGCCUGGUCAUCGCGUCGCUGCCGGCAUGGGCAACUGCUGCUCGGGGGGCAUUGGUCGCGGCGCCACGAAGGGGGACCUACAGAAAGUGGGGUCCGCCACGGAGAACAACGCAAGCAGUCCGGAGGGCAAUGCCACCCCAAACAAUAACGUGCCCGUCCUGCCGAAGAUGGCGACCCCUAAUCCCAAGCCCUCCAAGCCAGCCCCGGUCGGCCCCGUCCUCAACCGGCCUAUGGAGGACCUCAAGGCCUCGUACUCGAUGGGGAAAGAGCUCGGCCGGGGGCAAUUCGGCGUCACCUACUUGUGCACCGACAAGGCGACCGGGGAGCAGCUCGCCUGCAAGACGAUCGCCAAGAGGAAGCUCGUGAACAAGGAGGACAUUGAGGAUGUGAGGAGGGAAGUCCAGAUCAUGCACCACCUGACUGGCCAGCCCAACAUUGUGGAGCUGAAGGGGGCUCAUGAGGACAAGCGAUCCGUCCACUUGGUGAUGGAGCUGUGCGCCGGCGGGGAGCUGUUCGACCGGAUCAUAGCCAAAGGGAAUUACACGGAGCGUGCCGCCGCGUCGCUGCUCAGGACAAUCGUUCAGAUCGUGCACACGUGUCACUCUAUGGGGGUCAUUCAUCGGGACCUGAAGCCCGAGAAUUUCCUUCUGUUGAACAAGGACGAGGACUCACCACUUAAGGCCACUGAUUUCGGCCUAUCGGUAUUUUUCAAGCCAGGAGAUACAUUUCAAGAUGUAGUUGGAAGUGCAUAUUACAUUGCGCCGGAAGUUCUGAAGAGGAAAUAUGGACAGGAAAUCGACAUUUGGAGUGUCGGCGUAAUGCUAUAUAUCCUCCUUUCUGGAGUUCCCCCUUUUUGGGCAGAGUCGGAAACCGGGAUUUUCAAUGCAAUCUUGCGUGGCCACAUUGAUUUUAGUAGUGAUCCGUGGCCAUCGAUCUCGCCCGGGGCAAAAGAUCUCAUCCACAAGAUGUUGAACUCCGAUCCUAAGCAGAGGCUAACGGCUUUUGAAGUCCUUAAUCAUCCGUGGAUUAAGGAGGACGGAGAAGCACCCGAUACCCCUCUCGACAACGCGGUCUUGGGUCGCCUCAAGCAAUUCAGAGCGAUGAACAAGUUCAAGAAAGUGGCUCUUCGGGUCAUCGCCGGAUGUCUUUCCAAGGAAGAGAUAAGAGGAUUGAAGGAGAUGUUCAAGGGCAUGGAUACCGACAACAGCGGUACGAUAACACUAGAGGAGUUGAAGCAAGGGCUCUCGAUGCAAGGGACGAAGCUAUCGGAGUACGAAGUUAAACAACUGAUGGAAGCAGCCGAUGCGGACGGUAACGGAACCAUAGACUACGACGAGUUCAUUACAGCAACGAUGCACAUGAACCGGAUGGACAGAGAAGAGCAUCUCUACACGGCCUUCCAGUUUUUCGAUAAAGACAAUAGCGGGUUUAUUACAACAGAGGAACUCGCACAAGCUCUACGAGAAUACGGCAUGCAAGACGGAAGGGACAUCAAAGAAAUCAUUUCGGAAGUCGACGCCGACAACGAUGGCCGAAUCGAUUACGACGAGUUCGUGGCUAUGAUGAAGAAGGGGAAUCCGGAAGCGAAUCCGAAGAAGCGACACGAAGUAUUUGUCUGACGAUGCAAUUCCGGG